GCCCCAAAACGCCUCACAAGGCCUCAACGAGAACUUUAUGGCCGAGAAAACCCUGGCCACAUGGAUCAUAGCCUUUGAGAAAAUGUCCUGUGCCGUGCCUCCAAAAUAAAUUUGUUUAGUGUCAAGAUGGCCGCUGAAGGAUGGUAGAUAAGAUUAGGCAUUAACUUUCUGUUGUUAUUUAACGUAGCCGCUUUUAGUGAGUGCCGAAAUAGCCCAAAAUGCGCGACCAACACACUCACGACCCUGAGGCAGAGAUCCCCGUUCGGUCCUCAAGCCCAGCGAGCGCAGUGCGUAGGUGGUGACCCAAUUUGCAAGGAUGGCCUUAGCACUGUGUUGAGCAGAGCUACUCGGCCGUUCCGAUUUUGGGUUCGCGUUGCACCAUUGGGCGGCCGCAAGUAGCUAGACGGGUGCCUCAUGGAGCAAGCUACCAGUCGGGUGGUCAGGGCGGGCAAGCCGAGGCUGGCGGCCGAAAGGGCCGAACCCGAGGCCACGGCGAGCUCCAGCUCCACAGCGAGUGGGCCGUCCAGCCUCUCCAGCGCCAAGCCCGUUGUAAACAUGCGCAAGUCCAAACCGUCUAUUGGAAUCCACGACAGGGGAGGCCGGCGAUUUUCUGACACCAAGGACCCUCCUUCAGGAACUUUAUCAGGUGGACACUCAGGCGCAGGAGAAGUAUCCAAUUUAGUUCGCAUCCAUGGAUCGACUCUGGGUCAGUCUGCUCCCUCAUUGUCAAACACAAUGAAGGAGUUGUGCAUAUCAAGGCGAAGCAGCAGAGUUAGUCAGAGAAAAAGCUUUAUCUCAACAACAUCUCCAACACUGCCUCGGUGCCUCUCUCCUAUGUCUGGAAGUCCGCUUGAAAGUCCCAGGAUGUCUCCCAAUCAACACUUUGCCUAUGCUCCCAUCAGAAGGGUCAACCAGGAUAAGAAAAACAAGAGAAGUCUGUGUGAAGGCAGACGCUGGUCUGUGGCCUCUCUUCCGUCAUCUGGUUAUGGGACGACACCAGGAAGCUCAAGUGUAUCUGAUAAUCGCUCUAGAUUUGACCAAUAUAUUCUUCAAAAGGAACGGAGGCUAAAAUUUUCACAAUGCUCAUCACAAGAACGCCUUCAUCAACUGCCUAAUUUACCUACUAAAGAGGAGCUUCAGAUGCUGACAAGACACUUUUCGAACGAAGCCCAUCACAGUUGUGUUCAUGACGAAUACAGUCCAAGGUCUCCUUUAAGCCGUCCAAGAUCGCGUAGUCUAAGCUCACCAAGCCGCUCUCCAGUCAUGGACACGGACAUUAUUGUAAUGAAUACUAUGUAUAAAGAAAGGUUUCCCAAGGCAACACAACAAAUGGAGGAGCGCUUGAAAGCUUUUAUUAAUGAGACUAAAGUUACAGAAGGCGAUUGUGAGCUUCAUCUUAAAGAUUUGCCCAUUUUACGCUUCGUCCUCCAUCAGAUUGUUGAAAUGGCGAGAGACUGUCUGCAAAAGUCUGAAGAGAAGCUUAUAUCUAGCCGUUAUUUCUAUGACAUGUCAGAAAAUCUUGAACGACUCCUUAGUGAGACAAAAGAAAAGAGCAUCGAAGCCGCAGGACGAGUAGGGACUGUUGUCAGAAGGCUUCUUUUGAUCAUAUCACGGCCUGCUCGUUUGCUCGAAUGUUUGGAGUUUGAUCCUGAAGAAUUCUAUCAUAUGCUUGAGGAAGCUGAGGGUCAAGCCAAGCUCGCCCAUCAAGUGAAGGCAGACAUACCUCAGUACAUUCUGGGCAAGCUGGGAAUGACUAAAAAUUCGAGUGCAGAAUUGGAUGAAGACUUGAGCUCCAUCAACAUUUCGCCACCUCCACCAUCAUCUACCGCACCAAACUCAGCAGCGGCAGCUUGUGUUACUACUACUGAGAAAGGGCGCGGCAUCUUACACCGUGGCAGCAAAAAAGAGUUCAAGAAUCCAUCAGAGGAUGAUUUUGAAGUGAUUAAGUUGAUCUCAAAUGGCGCCUAUGGCGCAGUUUACUUAGUAAGAGUUAAAGAGACACGACAGCGUGUGGCUAUGAAAAAGAUCUCAAAAAAUAAUCUAAUGCUCCGGAAUCAAGUGGAUCAAGUUUUCACAGAGAGGGACAUAAUGAGUUUUACUGAUAAUCCAUUUGUUGUGAGUAUGUAUUGCAGCUUUGAGACAAAGAAACAUCUUUGCCUCGUUAUGGAGUAUGUUGAAGGGGGCGACUGUGCAGCUUUGUUGAAAAGCAUUGGCCCACUACCUUCUGAUAUGGCUAGAUUUUAUUUUGCUGAAACUGUGCUAGCAGUGGAGUACUUGCACAGUUAUGGAAUUGUACACCGUGAUUUAAAGCCUGACAACCUGCUGAUUACUGCUUUAGGUCACAUUAAACUAACAGAUUUUGGUUUGAGCAAGAUGGGUCUCAUGUCUUUAACAACAAAUUUGUAUGAAGGAUACCUAGACAGAGAAACACGCCAGUUCUCAGACAAACAGGUUACCGGGACUCCUGAAUAUAUUGCCCCAGAAGUAAUAUUGAGGCAAGGUUAUGGUAAACCUGUUGACUGGUGGUCUAUGGGAAUUAUUUUGUACGAAUUUCUUAUUGGUUGUGUUCCAUUCUUUGGUGAAACUCCUGAAGAGCUUUUUGCUCAUACUGUUAAUGAUGACAUUGAAUGGCCUGAUGAAAAGGAUUGGCCUGUACAACUGGAAUCUAAAGAUUUAAUUACUCAGCUUCUACAGCACAAUCCUUUGAUCAGGCUUGGAACAGGAGGUGCUCAGGAAGUAAAGGAUCACCCAUAUUUCUGUGGCCUAGAUUGGACAAGCUUGCUUCGUCAGAAGGCUGAAUUCGUACCCCAGCUGGACAAUGAGGACGACACCAGUUAUUUUGACACUCGUAUGGAUCGUUACAAGCAUGAUAUGGGUGAUGAUACAGAUGAUACUGAUGAGUCAAUGCUGUUUGGGUUUUCAUCUAUCUCACCAAGAUUCCAAAAAGUGCAUGGAUCCGAGGAACGCCGAAUGUCAUCACUUGCAUCAUCAACCUUGCCGUCUUCUGCUUAUCGAGAAGUUACUCCUCCGAGUAGAGCUCAGUCAAAUACUUCUGACUCUCCAAAGACAACAAAAUCGGCCACCUCAGUUGCAUCAACUGCAUCAUCCCUGCCUCAUGAUUCUGGCAAUUCUGAAUCAUCUUCAUCGAAUGUUGGAAGUAGCAUGGAAUUGGAUGAAAGCAAGGAAUCAUCAGAGAGCCGUGGAGACCACGCCAGUCUUGUCCAUCACCAUUCUCUCAGCACUCCAGAAUCUUCACAAACAGAAAGUGACGAUGUUUCACCACAAGUUCAAAGAAAGAGAAGAUUGCAUACAAGGGAUUCUCUUCCUCGGUUUUCAAUUUCAGUUGAGGAUGAAAAGCACAUGAUCAAUAUUCCAGUUUUGAAAGGACCUGACCGAUCAGCAUUUGUCUCAUUGGAUGAACGUUCUUCCAAAGUUGGAGUACGACCAGGCCCUAGCAUGCCAUCUACGUCUAGUAGCACUAUUGAAAGCUCCCCAGUUUCUUCCAUUAAAGCGCGGGGAAGACCUGUUAUUAAAAGUGCGUCUGCUAGUGGUCUUUCUCUAAUGAUUCCCACAACUGUAUACUUGACAGAUGAUGCACCUCAGUCAAUGCCUUCUCCUGGGGGUUCGAGCACUGCCAGUUCCAGAGACACUUCACCUUGUCGCGAACUUUCUCCUCUGGUCACAAACCUGAAGCCUCCUAUAAUUAUCAAGCGAGGAGCAAGGGGCUUUGGCUUCACUGUCAACACAAUUCGAGUGUACUAUGGAGAUACCAAUUACUACACAAUGCAUCAUCUUGUCAUGGCUGUUGAUGAAGGAAGUCCAGCAUUUGAGGCAGGUUUGAACCCAGGAGACUUGAUCACUCAUAUCAAUGGAGAGCCUGUUCAAGGUUUAUUCCAUACUCAAGUCCUUCACUUGCUUCUGAGUGGUGGGGAUCAUGUCACUUUAGGAUCAACACCUCUUGAAAAUACAUCCAUUAAAGCUGGUGGUCACCGUCGAGAACCAGGACAGAGUAAACUCGCCCGACGAAGCUUGAACAGACAACGAAGACAGAAGAGGGACUUGAUUGACAAACGCCGCAAACCGUCUCUUUUCAAAAGAAUCAGCAACAAGCGGGCAAGUGUGGACCUGGCUCAGCCUCUCAGCAUAUCAAGUCCAAUGUCAGCUCCUGUUGUUCCUCUGGAGAGCAGGCCUCAGUUUUUGUUAACUGGUGUAGGCUGUCAGCCUGCAACUCGUUCACAGCCUUGGUCUCUAACUGGUCAAGAUUCUGGAACCCGAGUGAAACCUCUUCGUUCGCCAUCCUCCAACAGAGUGUCGUUUCCUCCAGCGGAACCGCUUGCUCAGCCAUAUUCACCCAACACAUCAUCAAGUUCGUCAGGCUCCUCAGCUGCCAGUAGCCCUGCGGCAGCCACACCGCAUUACCAGCGACCGUCUACUCUGCAUGGGCUGAAGCACAAACUGCACAGUGCAGCCAAGAAUCUUCAUUCAUCUUCUGGGCGCCGGAAAUCAGUGGGGCAUAUUCCACUAUCUCCGCUUGCACGGACUCCAUCGCCGUCCCCACUGCCGUCCUCACCAACUAGAUCACCUUCACCUUUAGCAUUCCCAGCUGUUCACCAGCCAGGAAGCUCUAACACUACUCAGUCGUACAGCCCUGGGUCAUCACUUUCAACUCCUGGUGGUUGCGGAAAAAAAGGUUUCGCUCGCCCCAAAAGUGCCGAACCAGGAAGUCCGCUUCUUAGGAGGGCCCUGUCUCCUGACCGUCUCCAUCCUAGAAGCGCCGAAAGCAAGUGCAAAGCUGGUGCCCCAUCCAUAUCGCCUCUUUGUAAUAACCCUUCACCCAAGGUGAGUGUGGCUGCGAGCUCCGCCUCAGGCUCCACAGUAACAUCACGCUCUCCCCUUUCGAAAGCGUCAUCCCUUGACAAAGGGCUCAAAUCAAAACCUCCAGAGCAUCCCCUCUCGAUAAGACCAGACUCAACAGAUGACUUGUCUGGCAUUCGAAGUUUACCAAAGGAUGAUUCUGAGGCUCAAGAUAGCGGUCAAGGCCAAGGUCACAUGUGUGUGAAGGGUAUCGUUCCGAUCGACGGCCGUAAUCCGCUUCCCCUCCCUCGCAUCGCCGAGGAAAAGGAUUCACCCCCUGGGAGCAGGGAAGAUGCCAUGAGAGAACUUAUGCCUUCUCUUCCACCCCCACCGCCCCCAACAACGCCAUGUACUCCCAGUACUCCAUGUAUCCCGUUUAUACCACUGCUGAAGUCUGUGAUAAGAGAGGAGGAAACUCACAAGAAAAAAGAAGGUUGUGAUAAAAGAGGGAAAGAGUUCUUUGAAAAGAACAGUGGAGCUUCCUCUUCAAAAUGCAAGGAUAAGCAAUGAGAAGUUAGUAAUGAGCUUUUCCCUUCUAAAAUAAUGAAUUUGUGUCAAUGGUGGCUACUUUGGAUGAAAACUUUUUCCAAGAAAAAGUAUUCAUAUUUGUUACUUAGGGAUUAGUGAAGAGUGCUGAUUUAAUUUUUCGCUCUUCAAUUUAUGUGUUUGUGUAUUUUUAAGUGAAUGAUUUUAUCAACUCUAUCUGAUUGUAUGAAGACGUAUUUAAAUUGCUUGGAGGUAACUGGGUUGGUUUUUGAAAUUGAAACAGUAGAAACUCCCUCCCGAUGUUCAUAAAAGACUUGGUCUUUCAGCAAUGUGUGGUUUGUCUUAUGCUUUUUUUUAAAUGUCAACUGUAGUUUUGAUUUUGCCUUUUAUAAUGAAAGAUGAAUUAAAUUUUCUGAGCUAGUCAAAUAAAGACAACUUUUACCUCGCCAUCUUCAAGUUAAUAUUUGGAAUAUUGGUAGAAUAUUCAGGUUUCUUUUCUUUUUCUCUUUAUUUUCGUUUGUUGUGUUAUUCAUACUUCGCAUUCAUAGAUCAUGCAUCCUCCACUUGUUAUUUAUUUAUUUAUUUGCGUUUUAGGACUGAGAGGUGAAGGUGAAUCUAAAUUUUCAAUUCAUCUUAUUCCAGUCGUCUUCAUCCUACUGGUAUAGUAGGUAUGACAACAUUCAGUGGUUUUCUUCUCUGAAUUUGGUUUUCAAAAAAUUGAUAUGUCCAACAUUUCAGAAUCUUUUUGUUUUUCCUCUUAUUUCUGAGCUAUUUAACAUUGACUGGUAUUGCAAUAUGCCGAUAUUGCAUGCUCAAUCAGAAAAUUUGAUCUGGCAGGUUCUAUUCAAUAUAAAACAUUUGUUACUCAUUCUCGGUAACUAAGUUGUGGCAUAGUUCAUUGUCUUGCAUUUUAGAAAAUGUGUUGCUUACCUGAACAUUGUACUGUUUUUUUUUCUUUUGUUUACUUUACCAUUUUGUUUAUAAGUGCACAAGUCAUUCAUGUACAAAACUGUGUUUAUUGUGUAGUAUUGUAAACAUCUAGGUGGUUUAAUGUGAUCAGGAUAUAUGUGACUUUGGACAGGUGCUUUCCAGCUUGAAGUCAGGUUGAAGUGUUCUUAAGGUUGGAUUUGUGUAUUUUUUUUGUUUUAUUACUUUCUACAAUGGUUUCAAAUGUAUUAUUUCUGUGGGACUUAUUCAGAAUAAGCACUCAUGGCAGGCUUAGUGGUGCUAGGUGUAAAUACAUGUAACUAGAGCCCUUAGUAACUUUUUGAAUGUGCAGAUGUAGACAUUUCAUAUACAUCUGUGUCCAAACAAAUUCAAUGUGGGCCAUGGGAAGUUACUUUAAUGUACAGCACUUUUAAUGACAGACAGCCCGGUGUCAAAGACAACUGCAGCUGCAAUGGGAAGAACAAAUUAGGUUCAUUAGAUUAUUGUUAGUCCACUUAUUUGCUGGUGUAUAUGUGUUGAUAACACAAAGCCUUCUAUUAUUGUCAAGUGUCAUUAGGACCUUCAGGUAGACUUGUGUGUGUUUCCUGUCUCCAGCUUUGAGCCUAGCUCUGGAUAUUGUUAACUUAAUCUUUUUUGCCUUUUUGGGUUCUUUGAGACCAUAGCUUAAAUUUGAGUGCCAUGUUAUAUUUUAAUGGCAUUGUGGAUUUUUCUUAAAGUUAUUUUUUAGGACUGUGCUGUCCUGUUGUUCUUUCUUUUUUAAAUUUUUUCCCACUCCUUUGAAAGGUCAGGUCAGGUACGGAAGUGCAAAGGUGCCAUAAAUGUUUUUUUUCUUUGCUAUUGCUCUUUAUUUGCAGAGCAAUUUUAUGUGCAAUCAACAUACCUUAACAGUAGUUGACCGGUUCAAGUGUCCCUUUGCACAAGACAGAUUGAUUGUUUGCAUUGUAAGAAUUGAUUUUAGACUGAAUUAUUUAUUAUCUCUAGUCAAAGACUAGAUUUUCUUUUUGUCUAGUUUGCCUUUUAAGCUUAUGUGAUUUAAUCUUCAGUUAUUAUUGUGAUUGUUAUAACACCACCCAGCUGCUCUAAAUUGCAAUUCUCGGUCUGUAUGUGUCAUCCAAUAGCAGUUGGUAUAUUUGUCCUAUAUUGAUGACUGAUGCAAUAUCUGUGAAGUUGAAUGAUGUAUUUUUUAGGUACCAUCCAAUACAUUUGAUGUGGCAGGUGCACACUAUUCUCUAAAGAAUAGAAGGUGAUGUGGAUUUACUACAAGGUUUGGUUGGUAGUUUGUUGGCUUUUAUAUAGUAUAUGUCAAAAAGUGAGUCAACCAACAAACAGAAUUUUUGACCAUGUUUUCUUUGAUUCUUCCAAUGCUAUAUAUUGUACAUUUUUUGUAAUAUUUUACUUUGCAUCAGAUCUGUGAGUUGUAUUUGAAAUGAAGUAUAACUACUUGUAUAUACUGGUGGGUAACUUAUCUUCAAACUUCAUAACACUUCAUCACAAGAGAUAAUUGUGCUUGUAAGUUGUAUGUUAACAUUUUUGCAAGUGUGGGGCUUAAAGCGCACCCCAGAUUAUCCACUUCUAUUUUUUUAUGUGUAUACUUGAAUGUUUUUGUGUUCUUCCGCAUUACCAGUUACAUGCUAUCUCUAAUAUGCCUUUCAACCCUGAAAAUAUUCAUAGUUUUAUGUGCAAGAUUCAUCACUCACUAGCAGUUGUGGAAAUUAGAAGAUAAACAUACCUGUACAAAGAAAAAUUUUAAAAAAUGUAAUAAAAAGCGCAAAAAUUGUCCCCGAACCUCACUUAAGUAUUAUCGAAUAACUUGGUAACAUUGUUCCAUUGAUAACAAUAAAUGAACUACUCCUCUGUUUUA